AUGAGAAACGACCGGCGCCAAAGAAACAAAAAAAAGGCUAAUGAAGAAAUAUCAAAGAUAUUAUUUUCUGAGAAAUUUUAUAAAUUUGAUAGUGAAGAUACCAUUGUUGAAAAUAAAGAAAAUGAUCAGGAGUUAAUUGAUAUCUUAGUCAGACAGCAUGGAGGAGGGAGUAUUGGUAAUAGAACAUACAUCACUGCUGAAAUAGAAAAAAUUUUGACUGAAUUAGAUAAUUGA